AUGGAAAUCGUAUCUGGAAAUAAUGGAAAAAUUAUUAAAGAAAAAGUUUUGGAUUUACUACAUAAAAAUGAUAGAUUUAAAAUAUUGAAGCAGAUAUCAGUUGUUUUAUCAGGAAGAGAAGGAAGUGUCUUACCCCCAAAUUUUACACCAAUGAUGAGUUCUUGUAUGAAAUUUGCGCUUAUAACUUCUGUGGACGUUGAACGAUCCUUUAGUACAUACAAAAUGAUAUUAACUGAAAAAAGAACAAAUAUGACCCCUCAAAAUAUGGAAAAGUAUAUUGUAAUUAAUUGCUAUGAAAACAAAAAAUAA